AUGAAGCGAUCAAUCAACGAAGUCGUCGGAUCUGCGCCGGUGAAUACACUCGAUUCCGACAACGCUAAGAAGCCCGUCUUCCUCACCAAAGCCCAGCGCGAAGAAUCAGCCCUAAAACGCCGCGAGGAUGCAAUCUCCGAGCAGCGUCUCCGCCGCGAACAACUCGGUCCCUCCACCCCCGAGACUGAAGACGCCAAUGGACACCGCAGCAAGGACCGAGAACGAGACCGGGAACAAGAUAGAGACCGAGAGCGCCACCGCGGCGACAGGGAUAGAGACAGAGACAGAGAGCGCGAGCGCCACCGCGAUAGGGAUGGAGAAAUAAAGCGCGACCUCCGUGAGCGUGAGCGUGGCCGCCGUGAACGAGAUCGUGAGCCGGAUCGGCGAAUUCGAGAUAGGGAGCGGGAGGAGGAGGAGGCCAAGGCUCGGGAGAAGGCGGUGGCUGAGAAAUUGGUUGAGCGAGAGCGGGAGAAGGAACUCGACGCCAUUAAGGAACAGUACCUCGGUGGCAAGAAGCCGAAGAAGAGAGUGACCAGGCCAAGCGAGAAGUUCCGUUUCUCUUUCGAUUGGGAAAACACCGAGGACACUUCUAGGGAUAUGAAAGCUCACGAAGCCCAGCUUCUGUUUGGGAGAGGGUUUCGCGCUGGUAUGGACCGCCGCGAGCAGAAAAAACAGGCGGCGAAGCACGAGAAAGAGGCGCGCGACGAGAUUCGUAGGAAAGAUGGUGUUGUAGAGAGACCAGAGGAGACGGCUGCUCGGAAGGAGCGAGAAGAAGCCGCGGAUACAUAUGACCCGUUCGACAUGAGGGUUGAUAGGCACUGGAGUGAUAAGAGAUUGGAGGAGAUGACCGAAAGGGAUUGGCGUAUCUUCAGGGAAGAUUUCAACAUCUCUUACAAGGGUUCGAGGAUUCCUCGUCCAAUGAGGAGCUGGGAAGAGAGCCAACUCAGUUCAGAGCUUUUGGAAGCUGUGGAGAAUGCCAAGUACAAGAAACCUUCUCCUAUUCAAAUGGCAGCCAUACCACUUGGACUGCAACAGCGUGACGUUAUCGGCAUUGCGCAGACUGGUUCUGGCAAGACUGCUGCUUUUGUUUUGCCUAUGUUAGCUUACAUAUCUAGAUUGCCACCAAUGAGCGAAGAGAAUAAAACAGAGGGUCCUUACGCUGUGGUUAUGGCACCUACUCAGGAGCUUGCUGAGCAGAUUGAGAAGGAAACUGCUAAGCUUGCGCGUUGUCUAAAGUUUAGAGUGACUUGUAUAGUGGGUGGUAAGUCGAUUGAAAAACAGGCGUUGAAGAUGACACAAGGGUGCGAGAUUGUGGUUGCGACUCCAGGUCGUUUGAUUGAUUGUCUUGAGAGAAGGUACGUUGUGUUGAACCAGUGCAACUACGUGGUUCUUGAUGAGGCAGAUCGGAUGAUUGACAUGGGGUUCGAGCCGCAGGUUGCAGGUGUGUUGGAUGCGAUGCCUUCAAGUAAUUUGAAACCCGCGAACGAAGAGGAAGAGCUUGACGGAAAGAAGAUUUACAGAACAACGUAUAUGUUCAGUGCCACGAUGCCUCCUGAGGUGGAGCGGCUCGCUAGGAAGUACUUGAGGAACCCGGUUAAACUGCUAGACGAGCUGGGCGAUAAGAAGAUCGCCAUUGUGUUUGUCAACACAAGGGAAAACGCCGACUCUAUCGCCAAGAAUCUGGAUAAGGCAGGGUACGGUGUCACGAGCUUGCACGGUGGGAAAUCGAAAGGGCAGAGAGAUAUCAGCUUAGAAGGGUUCAGAGCAAAGAGAUACAACGUUCUUGUCGCGACGAAUGUUGCAGCGCGUGGACUCGAUAUUUCGGAUGUGGCUCAUGUCAUAAACUAUGACAUGCCUGAAUGUAUAGAGAUGUAUACGCAUCGUAUCGGACGUACAGGACGUGCUGGAAAAACCGGCAUUGCGACGUCGUUCUUGACUCUUCGUGAUACUCAAGUCUUCUAUGAUCUGAAGCAGAUGCUUGUUCAGAGCAACAGUCCGGUGCCUCCUGAGCUGGAUAGGCAUGAAGCGUCCAGAUUCAAACCAGGCACUAUUCCUGAUAGACCCCCAAGACAUUGCGACACCGUGUACAUAAACUGA